AUGUUGGAAGUGUUAUCUAGAAAACGAAUAAGAAAUUUAGAAAAUCAUUCGAAUGUAGUUCAAUGCUUGAACGAACUUGAAAUUGAAAAUGCAACAAUCAAAAGAGUUCUUCCUUUAAUGCUAGAAGAGGACUUUGAAAAGAGACCAACAACAAAUGAUUUAGACGAUAAAACCAAAAUAAUUAUUGAUAAGGAAGUUGAUGAUUAUUACGAAAAUCCAAACAAAUACAAAAGAUAUCCAAAUUUAAACCAUUUAACUCCAAUUUCUGAAGAAGAUUGUAAAUUAGUUCAAGCCAGUAUUGGAAAUCUCAGAAAUGUAAAGCUUCAAUAA